CUUAAAGUCGCGCUGACACAACGCGUGGCGGGGCUCUUAUUGAGGGUUUGUCAUUUUUCAGAACAGAAUCAGCAGUUUCUCUUCAUCUCGUCUGUCUUCAGAAUAAAAAUGCUUCACAGUUUGAAGCUUUGUAAGCUGCAGAAUGGAGGUUUCUGCUUUGAGAACAGCCGCAGGAAUGCAGUGCUGGAGUCCAGUUUGUCCGAGUUUGGCUACAAAGCUCCCAGUGCCAAAAAGACAGGGACCACCAUUGCAGGAAUUGUUUAUAAGGAUGGAGUGAUCCUGGGAGCAGACACCAGAGCUACAGACGACAUGGUGGUGGCUGACAAAAACUGCAUGAAGAUUCACUACAUCGCUCCAAAGAUCUACUGCUGUGGGGCUGGUGUGGCUGCGGACGCAGAGAUAACCACACAGAUCAUGGCGUCCAACGUCGAACUGCACAUGCUCAACACUGGGCGACCCCCUCUUGUUGCCAUGGUAACCAGACAGCUGAAACAGAUGCUGUUCAGAUACCAGGGUCAUGUCGGUUCUUCUCUGAUCGUUGGGGGAGUCGACGUGACUGGAGCUCACCUGUUCAGUGUAUACCCGCAUGGCUCCUAUGACAAACUGCCUUUCCUUACCAUGGGCUCUGGAGCUGCAGCUGCUGUAUCUGUGUUUGAGGACAGAUUCAAACCAAACAUGGAGCUGGAAGAGGCCAAGCAGCUUGUACGAGACGCCAUCGCUGCAGGGAUUUUCUGUGACCUUGGUUCUGGCAGCAAUGUGGACUUGUGUGUUAUAACUGAGGCGGAAGUAGAGUACCUGCGAAGCUACGACAAGCCCACAACAAAGGGCAAAAGAGAGGGGCAAUACAGGUAUAAGCCUGGCACCACAGCUGUCCUGACCAAAACUGUGACCCCGUUCUCUCUGGAUGUGGUAGAAGAGUCUGUUCAGAUUAUGGACACUGAAUAAAAUACAAUGAAAUGCUUUGUGUGGAAUCAGAUAUACUAAAUAUAUAGUAAUACAUCAUUAUACUACAUGAAGAGAAAGACUGUGGUCAAUAUACUUUAAGCAGGUUGUUCAGUAUCUUCACAGCAUCAUUGCCUGUAAACACUUUUGUUUGUUGCAGUGCCUGCAAAUUAUUUGGCAGCCACAUUGGAAGAGCUGGAAGACUGUAGUUUUCAGUUUCAGUUAUUAGACUGUUUAUGGCUUUUAAUAAAAAAUAAAGACUACAAACACUCACACUUUCACACAGUAUGUCAAAAAAAACCUACUGUUUUAUGUUUAAAUUAUCAGAGGACUUAUUAAAAAUCUGUUGGAAACUAUUACCUCUCCCUCAAUGCAGUGUAACUCCAAACUAUGACACUUAUUAAAAGCUUGAUGUUGGAAUGA